UCAGCGGGGUGGGGACCCGCUCAACGCGAUCCCGGUGGUAUAAAAGCAGCGGUCCGCCCCUCAGUCGGCACGUUCAACACAACGUCCCACCGCAGACAUGGAGUGGAAGUACUUUCUGUUUGCUCUUCUCGUCGCUGCGGCUUCGGCCGAGCAGGGAUGGAAGUCCGGCUCUGAGUACAAGUACCAGGUGCGCGGUCGCACCCUGACCGCCCUGCACCAGGUCGCUAACCAGUACUCUGGCGUCCUCAUGCGCGCCCAGCUUACUGUUCAGCCCAAGUCCGACAACCUCCUCGCCGCCAAGGUCUCCAACGCCGAGUACGCCAAGGUUCACCAGCAGAUGCCUGCCGGUUGGGGCACCCCCAUCCAGGACAGCAAGCUGAGCUUCCACUCUCUGCCCGUGAGCAGCAAGCCCUUCCAGAUCAAGCUCAAGAACGGCAUCGUCGACGAGCUGAUCGUCAGCAAGAGCGUGCCCACCUGGGAGGUCAACAUCCUCAAGAGUAUCGUGAGCCAGUUCCAGGUUGACACCAAGGCCGAGAACAUCAUCAGCUCUCGCAUCAACAACAAGCCCAGCCACGGCUCCGUCAACGGUGUGUACAAGACCAUGGAGGACGACGUUACCGGCGAGUGCGAGGUCGUUUACGACAUCAGCCCCCUGCCCCAGUACCAGCUCCAGAGCCGCCCCGAGCUCGCUCCCAUGCCCCAGCUCCGCGGCGAGGGCCAGCUGAUCGACAUCGUCAAGACCAAGAACUACAGCCACUGCGAGCAGCGCCCCGGCUACCACUUCGGCCUUAACGGCCAGACCGACGUCGAGCCCGCCUCCGCCAAGAUGGGCGAGUUCCUGGCCCGCUCCUCCGUCAGCCGUGUUGUCGUUUCUGGAAGCCUCCAGCGCUACACCAUCCAGUCCUCCGUGACCACCAACAAAAUCAUCCUCAGCCCCGUGCUGUACAACAACCAGAAGGGUAUGGUCGUGUCCCGCAUGAACCUGACCCUCACCUCCGUCAGCUCCUCCAACAGCCACAUGGAGGCCCCCGCUAACCCCCGCAAGAUCAAGGACCUCGUCUACGACUACAACAACCCCUUCUCCACCAGCCAGAACGCUGAGCUGAGCGACGAGUCUAGCUCCAGCAGCUCUUCCUCCUCUUCCAGCUCUAGCAGCUCUUCCUCCAGCAGCUCUUCUUCCUCCAGCGAGGAGAGCCGCGCCCACGGCCACCACAAGCGCAGCCCCAACAACACCAGCUCCAGCAGCUCCAGCAGCUCCAGCUCUGACUCUGACUCCUGCUCUUGCGACUCCAGCGACAACGACUCUAGCUCCUCCAGCUCCAGCAGCUCUAGCUCCAGCUCUAGCUCCAGCUCCUGCUCCUGCGACUCUAGCGAGGGUAACACCCGCAUGCAGAGCGCUGCCGCCAAGCGUUUCCGCCGCUCUCUGAAGAACCAGAACUCUGCUAGCGCUCCCAGCUCUAGCUCUUCUAGCUCCUCCAGCUCCUCUGGCUCCUCCGACUCCGACUCCGACUCUUCCAGCUCUUCCAGCUCUUCCUCCAGCUCUUCCAGCGAGGAGUCCCGUCCCCACGGCCACCAGAAGCGCAGCCACAACAACACUGGCUCUGGCAGCUCCAGCUCCAGCAGCUCUUCCUCUUCUUCCUCCUCCUCCUCUUCUUCCUCCUCCUCCAGCUCCAGCUCCAGCUCCGACAGCGACAGCUCUAGCUCCAGCUCUAGCUCCAGCAGCACCAGCUCCAGCGAGGAGUGGUUCCAGGACAUGCCUAAGAUGAACGAGGCCCCCAAGAACCCCAUGCUCCCCUACUUUGUCGGCUACAUGGGCUCCUCCAUCCAGGCUUCCAACCAGAUCAACGCCAUCCAGGCCGUCCAGAAGCUCUGCCAGCAGAUUGCCCACGAGAUCCAGAACCCCAACCAGAUCCCCGAGAAGGCCACCCUUGCCAAGUUCAGCAUCCUGGCCCGCCUGAUCCGCACCAUGGACGCCAAGCAGCUUGAGCAGGCUAGCCAGCAGCUGUACACCUCCGCCUCCUCCAAGAGCGCCAGCCAGAGCCAGAGCGCCACCGAGAAGGUUGCCGCCUGGAAGGCUUUCCGUGACGCCGUCGCCCAGGCCGGUACCGGCCCUGCCCUCCAGCUCAUCAAGGAGUGGAUCCAGAACCACAAGAUCCAGGGUGAGGAGGCCGCCGAGAUCGUCGCCACCCUCCCCAUGGCCGCCCGCGUGCCCACCAAGCAGUACAUGGACGCCUUCUUCGACCUGAUCAAGAAGUCCGAGGUCCAGAAGCAGCAGUUCCUGAACGUCUCCGCCAUCCUGUCCUUCAGCAACCUUGUCCGCAAGGCUCAGGUUGACAACGCUACCGCCCACAACCGUUACCCCACCCACGUCUUCGGCCGCCUUAACCCCAAGAAGGCCUCCGCCGUUGCCCGUGACUACAUCCCCUACCUGGCCCAGCAGCUCAAGGAUGCCGCCCAGAACGAGGACAGCCACAAGAUCCAGGUCUACAUCCGUGCCCUCGGCAACACUGCCCACCCCAAGAUCCUGUCCGUGUUCGAGCCCUACCUCGAGGGCAAGAAGGCCAUCAGCGACUUCCAGCGCCUGCACAUGGUCACCGCCCUGAACAAGCUCGCCAAAGUCUCUCCUAAGAUCGCCCGCCCCGUCCUCUUCCGCCUUUACCAGAACGCUGGUGAGGCCCACGAGAUCCGUUGCAUCGCCGUCUACCUGCUGAUGAAGACCAACCCUCCCGCCAGCAUGCUCCAGCGCAUGGCUGAGUUCACCAACCAGGACCCCAGCAACGAGGUCCGCGCCGUCGUCAAGUCCGCCAUCGAGUCCGCCGCCAACAAGCUCAACUCCAACAUGCAGCAGGAGCUGUCCCAGAACGCUAACGCCGCCGUCGACAUGCUGAACGCCACCAAGUGGGGCCAGCAGUACUCCCAGGCCCAGUUCUGGAGCGAGGAUGUCGCUGGUGACAUGAACCUGGCCUACCAGGCCGCCCUCCUGACCAUCGGCAGCGACGACACCCUCCUGCCCCGCAACGCUUUCCUGAACCUGAACAACAACCUCGGUGGUUACCGCUACAAGUACUUCAGCGCUGGCGCCAUGGCCUCCAGCGUCGAUGACCUGAUCAACCUGUUCGCCAACCAGUGGCAGUCCCAGAGCCAGAAGUCUAAGCACCACGGCAAGCGCUCCUCCUCUUCCUCCAACUCCGAGUGGUCCGCUGAGAAGAUCGCCAACAUGCUCAACAUCCAGCCCGACCAGGCCGCCCAGAUUGAGGCUAACGUGCUCAUCAACCUGCUCGGUCAGCAGCGUUUCUUCGCCAUCGACAACCACACCGUCGAGCAGCUGCCCCAGCUGAUGCAGAAGGCCGCCAACACCCUCCGCUCCGGCGAGAACUUCAACUACACCAAGCUGUACAACAAGCUUUCCGUCACCAUGGGCUUCCCCACCGCCAUGGGUCUGCCCUUCGUGUACCAGCUGAAGACCCCCUCUCUGCUGUCCAUCGGCGGUGAGGUCCGCGUCCGCACCCAGCCCGACAUCGCCAACGCCCAAGGAGACAUCCAGUUCCUGUACUCUACCAAGCUCGAGUCCAAGAUGGGUUUCAUCACCCCCUUCGACCACUACAGCUUCGUUGCCGGUCUUGACAAGGACCUCCAGAUCAACCUGCCCAUCCGCGCCAACAUUGACCUCGACCUCCAGAACGCUGAGGUCCGCGCCAAGCUCCAGCCCAUCGAGUCCAACAAGAAGGCCCAGAUCGUGCUGAUUGCUUCCCGCCCCUACACCGCCCAGCAGAACAUCCUGGACCUGAGCCCCGUCAACCAGAUGCCCAUUCAGGUGCGCAAGCCCCAGAUGGCCAACUUCACCGUCGGCCAGGACAUGACUGGCAUGGCUUUCCGCGUCGACGCUGCCACCGAGAUGAGCGGCUCCCCCUACGCUGCCAUCAUUGAGGCCUUCCAGAGCCGUGACGCCCUCGCCACCCUCGUGAUGCCCUCCGCCGAGGAGUCCAUCAAGGCCUACGAGUACUCCGUCUCCUACGAGCCCCAGAAGUCCACCGCCCACAGCCUGACCCUCACCGCCUCCUACGACAACAACCAGGACGAUGAGAACAACAACAACAACUCUGACGACGCCUCCUACGAGCAGCGUAAGAGCAAGAACGCCAAGAAGGCCAAGCGCUCCAACAACGACUCCAGCGACAGCGACUCCAACGAGUCCGCCUCCGACUUCAGCGAGGAGCAGACCAGCGCCAGCCAGAACCUUGCCAACCCUACUUGCAACUCCGCUAACUGCCAGAAGCGCCAGCAGCAGUUCCUCCGCCGCGUCGCCGCCGGCAUCAAGAGCGCCCGCGCCUCCGUCCUGGACCUUUCCGCCCAGUUCAACGGCCAGACCAAGGCCCAGUUCGUCGCCACCGCCGCCGUUGCCAACUCCCCCGUCGACGAGAAGUCUCGCGUCCUCGUCUACCUGCGCCGUGACCCCGCCCACGCCAAGCAGAUGGAGCUCGCUCUGACCGCCACCUCCAAGAUGCCCAACGUGCCCGCCAUCAACUUCCUGAAGGCCCUCCAGGCUCAGCCCAACAGCGCCUUCCAGUGCCAGCUCAACUUCGGCGAGAAGCUCGACUCCUCCGCCGCCCAGGUUAACAUCAACGGCCAGAUGAAGCAGACCAACGCCCGUCGUGAGCAGGUCCGCCGCGAGCCCAUGGCCCUCAUGUGCCAGCAGCAGAUGGAGCACGGUAACUUCGCUCUGCCCGCCUGCCAGAACGCCACCAACGCCGCCAACGUGCUCGACCAGUACAAGGUCCAGAUCCACUUCGAGAAGGUCUCCGACUUCGUCAAGAACGCCACCGCCAAGGUUUACGACGCCGCCCGCUACCUCGGCUGGCAGUACAACUCCGAGAACUUCGUCAACCCCAAGAACUCCCACAGCAACAAGGUUGAGCUCGAGCUCCGCUUCGCUCCCAACCUCAAGUCCGCCAACCUGACCAUCGACGCCCCCACCAUGAGCGCCGAGUUCAACAACGUCCGUCUCAACCAGUACGUCCGUCAGGCCGCUGCUCUCCACCCCAUGUACACCCCCUGGACCCAGCUUAACCAGAAGCUGUUCCGUGCUCAGUACAACCCUACCUGCACCAUUGACAAGUCUGCCGCCAACACCUUCGACAACCGCACCUACCCCCUGAACCUGGGCAACAACUGGCACGUCAUGAUGCAGUCCGUCCCCCAGGAGUCCGCUGACUCCAGCUCCUCCAGCUCCAGCCAGGAGGACGCCACCAACUACGUGAGCGUGCUCGUCCGCGAUGCCAGCUCCCACGACCAGAAGGAGCUCAAGGUUGUCCUCGGCGACGAUGUCAUCGAGAUGACCCCCUCCGGCAGCAGCAACGGCGCCAACGUCAAGGUCAACGGCCGCACCAUCCGCAUCUCCAGCCGCAACGUCACCGAGGUCCAGAACCAGAACGGUGACGUCCUCGCCCAGUUCUACGCCCUGCCCGACUCCGUCAAGAUGGUCGCCCCCGAGCACGAGAUUGAGAUCCUGUACGACGGUGUCCGCGUCAUCCUGACCGCCUCCGACAGCUACCGCAACGAGGUCCGUGGUCUCUGCGGCACCUUCAACGGCGAGCAGACCUCCGACUUCACCACCCCCGCCAACUGCAUCCUCCGCAAGGCCGAGCAGUUCGCCGCCACCUGGGCCGUCAACCCCUCCGGCAACGUCCGCGAGCAGCAGCAGAAGGCCCAGCAGGCCGCCUGCUACCGCCAGGUCGUCAUGAUCGGUGACUCCGUCAGCGACGCCGAGGCCGGCCGCUACCAGGCUAAGCAGCACUCCAACAACAAGCACUCCAGCAACAAGCACUCCAACAACAAGCACUCCAGCAGCAAGCGCGCCAGCGGCAAGAGCUCCAGCUCCCAGACCCCCCGCGACUGCUCCGCCCACCGCGUCCAGGUUGUCCAGCACAACGGCCAGGUCUGCUUCUCCCUGAAGCCCCAGCCCGCCUGCAACGCCCAGUGCAAGCCCACCCAGAAGUACGAGAAGCAGGUCGACUUCCACUGCGUCGCCGACUCCAGCGCUUCCCGCCACUGGGCCGAGAUGGUGAAGAAGGGCGCCAACCCCGACUUCAGCCAGAAGGGCGCCAACAAGAGCAUCAAGAUCAGCCUGCCUGAGUCUUGCCGUGCCUAAGCACUUGCUCCCCGUGUUACCUCUGUACGAGAUGAUUCCAACCAAUAAAUAGUGCUAGAACUACCUCA